AUAUAAAUAAAAUUCAAUUAAAACCUGAAACAAAUUUUAAUAUAAAUUUACAACGAGUAAAUUAAACGAAAAAUUCAUGAAAAACUAACAAAAAUAUAACUAAACUGAAACCUACAAAUCGAAAUCCAUAACAAUCAAUUUCAUGAAAUGUCACAAAAUUAUUUUUAUAAUCGAAAUGGAUAUUAUGACAAAUCGUCAUAUCGUCCCGACAUCGACAAUUUCUGUUUAGAUAAUUAUCCAGCAAGAAUGACCUCAUCAUCUACUGCAUGUGGAGCAGCAAGUGAUCUUAGUUAUCGACGUGACCUAGUACGUUUACGGCAGAAAUUGGAGGAACGCCACAAUAGAAUAAUGCAAGAAAAGGCAGCAUUUCAAAUGUUUAACGAAUUCAAAGAGAAUUUUUUUAAGACUUACGGAGAUGCUUCAAUUUCCACAUCUACCUCGAUACCAGUACAAUCACAACAGCCACAAUUGUUAAAUUUACAAACUUUCCCUGAAAAGGAAUCGUAUGGAAUCAGUUCUGCUUAUAGUAGUAACGUAAAUUUGACAAGUCCGGUAUUAUCAACACCUACGGUUUUAGCACCUCCUGUUUAUUACCCACCAUUACAAAAUGUACCAAGACAGAUUCCAACGAUCCCAACAACUUCGAUAUCGGAAGAAUGUGGUUAUGAUACAACAACUGCAAGUAUUGUUAAAUAUAUUGAACAUAUUCAUAAUUUGGAAAGUGAGAAAGAAGUUUUUGAGACUGUUGUUAAAGCGUUAAUUGAAUAUCAGAAGCGUAAAACGGCUAAAACAAAUGCAUCGAAUAUCAAAUUAAUUCCGGAAGAAAUAUCGUCUACUAAACCAUCAAAAAAUCAAGAUUUGGAAAGUUUUAAGGAAGAAUAUUUAAAGAAAUUAGAUGAUGUUAAAAGUGUGGCUCAAGAUAUUAAAGAGAGUGUUGCAGAUUUUCGACAACAAUUGUUAUGCCAAAAGCAACAACAACAUAACGAAAUGGGUGAUAAAGAAGUUUUGACGCCCGUAAGAGAUUGUAAUCCGAUUGAUAACGAUGGUGAUGUCGUUACCGAAUCAAAAAUGACCAAUAAUUCAAGUAAGUCAUACAAUUCGAAAGGAGGUACGGUAUUGAAUAAUAUCGAUUAUACGUUAUAUGAAAAUGGAAUGAAUGGGGUAACAAAUAGCACUCCGAUUACUUAUGGAGGAUGUCGAAAAAAAGAUGAGAAAAUAUCAAAAUCAGAAUCGGAAAGAAUUCCAGCUUCUAACUUUAAUGAUAACGAUGUAAAAGCAACAAUAACAAAUGAAAAAUGCGAAACAUGCCAUGGUUAUCUUAUGCAAAAAAAGUUUCACGACAAUCUGAAACAUUUCGAUGAUACAACCAAUGAAACUGUACAUUUUUCAUCUGCUGAGCGUCAGUUUGCAGAACAAACGCCAGAGUGCAAAUGUAUAAAAGAUGAAAAUGCGCAUGAACAAAAUGGUGACAAAAUUAAUCAAAUUGACGAUGAUGAAAAUAUAGUAACGAAAGAGAGUCAAACAAUACUUUAUCCAUUGAUGGUGAAAUCAAAAUCGGAUCAAUGUAUGAAACAUUGGGAACCUGAAAAACUAAGGAUUGUGGAACAUUCGAAACAUCAAAAACAGUCUGUGUGUUGUCUCCAUAAGAUUUCCUCAACGAAUCAAGUUAGUCAUCAAUGUGCCUCUAAACAAUAUUCAACAUCGAAAUGUUACUUCGAAGAAUCGAAAGUAGUUAAAUGUGUUGUUCAACAACAUAAUACAACGAUUACAUCAGAUGAUGUCAUAGAGACAACUGAAGAUCCAAUUGAUGCAGAUACAAUUGUAUCAUAUUUUGUGAAACGAGUUAAAGAUUUAAAAGAUCAAUGUCGAAGAUAUCGUUCUAUGAAAGAUGUUUUACAAAAACGCGUAGAGGAAUAUUCGGGAAUUUAUACUAAAGAAAAUAGUUUAGUUUGUUGAGUCUU